GAUUAGUUCCAAGCAAGGCCAUGUGUGGAUCACCAAUAGUCGUAGAUGAGACAAUUUCAUUGUUUUCAAAAUGACAUAUCGACAUAUUUGAAUAUCAUGAAUUAAAUCUAGCUUCUUCAAUUCAUCAUCUUCACAUAUGGUAAAGGAAUAUUGCGUUAAAGCAAGCUAGAGUUUCAUUCGAUAGUGAACGGCGCCGUCGUCAGUUCGAUUCCACCAAUUCACCACGAAAAGGAUAACAUUCUCAAUACCACGAAAAAAACUUCUGAUAAAACUCCUAGCUACAAGAUCAAGCGUAUAUGAUGGCGUUAAAGAUUGCUCCUUGAGAGGCAUUCUGCUGCAAUCUUCAAAGAACUCGACCGCAAGAAGAUAAUCUGGGAUUUUCUUGUCUGAAAUGAUCGACAAAUGCCGCUAUCACGUUCGAGGUAACUUUAUGUACGCUGUAUAAAGCGAGGACUUUCAUCGCCAUUAAGGAAAAGCAAACAAAUACGAGAAUCUCGAAGACCACAAGAAACUCGCUAAAAAAAUACAUCAAAACUUCCUCUUUCUAUCGUGUUUAGAAGAGCAAGGAUACCGAAAAAAGAACUAUGCCAGAUAAAAUAAUCUACGUUUGUGGAGAAUUUUCUACAAACAAAGUUGAGGAUAUUAACGCUAAACAUAUGAUUUUGGGCAGUUUGGCUACCGUGUUUUCAGUCCGAACACAUCCUUUUAUACAGAGCAUCGAUGCUGGGCUAGACAGGACGGAACUUUUCAAUACCAUCACUCGUUGCCACGUUUUUGUUUUUAUAUACAGUAAAGAAACAGUAGACGAUACCUAUUAUUUAAAUCAGUAUGGCAUCGCCAAAGCUUACGGAAUACCCGUAAUUGGAGUAAGAGAGCCGAGUUACUUCAUGCCAAAUCCACUGCCAGAACAAUUUUAUUUUACAGAGAUAGUCGACUACACAGGAGAAAUACGAGACGGUAAUAGCAAUCGUGGUAUUCCAGGACCUAAAAAACAGUUCCUGCUUGCUGAUGCUUUAGUUCAAGACUUCAAGACUGCUAUGGUGUAUGCAUCUGAGUUUCAUAAGUCUUGUUUUCAAAGAUUAUUGCAUAAAGUAUCUCAGGCGUUCAACCGAACGGAAAACGAAAAGACAUUUUACGCAAAUUUGAAAGAACAACAGCCGCAAAUUAUGCCGUUUAAAGAUGUGAGCAAGGCCGAAAAACCGAAAAAUAAGAUGAUUCCGAAAUGUCCUAAAUGUGGUUUCUGUUUCAACAAACAGUUGAUUAUUGCACCGUCUUUACAAAGAGCCUCUAGUACAGGAUCGCUUCUUCGAAAAGGAGAUGCCUUUGAAGGUGAAUCUGCCGCUCAAAAGCCUCAGCUCCAAAACAAAAAGCCUAUUUUACAACCAACGACAAUUUCGAUUCCAUGCCCGCCUUAUUUAAUUAAAAAUCAUGAUUCAAAAGCUAGAACACAGCUUUCCAGUAGCGCGACAACAACGCGAAAUCAUGGACAAAAACCUAUCGAGCCAUUCAAAGGCAAACUUCAAGCAAGAUCUUCAAUGCUUCAUAAAGUUAUCCAAGAAACUGUGGAUAAAAAACAGGAAAAUACCAUACCCGAGUUCGUUCCUAAAGGAGAAAGGAAAGAAACAGAAGGAGAAAAUAUGGACCCAAAUGCCAAGGAAACGCGGACGUUACGAAAACAAAGUCGCAUUUCGAAUGCCAGCUGGGCUGAUAAAUUGAAAUUGAAACUCCGCAGACAAUCUAGCUUGCCAGUGAUUCCGACGACCUAUCUUGUUACUACCCCAGCGGGAUCCGAUAAACAAUUAUCGUUCGUCAAGUACCCCCCAGAUAGCUUGUCGCCCCGCCAGAGUUUACUGCCCAUAUUUUCUGAAGACGAAGAACAAGAGACGAUCCACAUCUCUCGAGCACCAAGUCCAGAUGGCGGAUCGAGUUGUGUUGUGGCUGAUCAUUCUAAAGGCGCUCAGUCAUCAUAGAUGAAUUCCACGAAAAGGUCGGAGAAAGAUAAAGAAAAAGAAAAGGAAAAAGAAAAAGAAAAUUAACGAGGCCAGAAAUGAGAAAAUGGCCGACCUCCUCAAUGGAACAAACUGUCACGUGAUCAUUUCCCGCCAUAUUGAAGCCGGCAAACCACAGGGAGCCUAAGCUAAGUGAAAACUACGCAUUACCAAAAAAGAAAAGAAAAAA